AUGGAAGAUCUCUCCUUUAUGAUCCUAGUUUUUACCCUCACAGCACUUUUUGCUGGGUAUUUCAUCAAGUUUAAAACAUCACUAGGUAAGAAACUCCCACCGGGGUCAUUUGGUCUUCCUUUAAUUGGAGAGUCCAUUAGCUUCAUCCGAGCACAAAAACAGGACGGAUCCGAUGAGUGGAUCCGGUCUCGUAUCCGCAAGUAUGGGCCGGUGUUCAAGACCUCUCUCAUGGGGUCUAAAACGAUCGUUAUAACUGGCCAAGCUGGAAACCGGUUUGUGUUUGGUGGAGGUGACACUGGUAUUGGAGGCAACCAAGUAGCAACUGUAGCCAGCAUUCUUGGAAAACAAAGCAUAUUCGAGCUUUCUGGAUCCAGGCACAAGCUUGUGAGGAGUGCCAUAACCAACUUCCUAAAGCCAGAAAACAUUCAAAGAAUUGUAGGCGAAACCGAUUUGUUAAUCAAAGACCAAAUUUUCAAGGAACUUCAAGGCAAGGAUAUAGUGCAACUAGUGCUUUUGGUGAAGAGAUUAACAUUCAAGGUUACUUGCAGUUUGUUUUUUGGACUACCAGAAGGCAAAGACAAAGAUGCAUUGUUUGAAGACUUUACUAUUGCCAUCAAAGGCCUGUGGGCAAUUCCAUUAAACCUUCCAGGCACUCAAUUCUACAAAGCAGUACAAGCACGUAGCAGGAUAGCCAAACUCCUCACGAAGGUGGUGGAGGAAAAGAAGAACAAGGCAACAAAAGUGACCCCCCAGAACAAUGACAUAAUCUCAGCUCUGCUACUUCUGAGAGAUGAAGAUGGUGAGCCUCUGCAAGAGCAAGAGAUCGUUGAUAAUCUCAUUACCCUGAUAGUUGCUAGCCACGACACCACCUCGAUUCUCCUGAGCCUCCUGUUAAGGCAUCUUUCUACAGAUUCCAAGAUUUUCAGUGAGGUGCUUCAAGAGCAAGAUGAAGUAGCUAAGGCUGUGGAAGGAAGUGAAAGAAAGGUUAUUACAUGGAAUGAAAUCCAGAAGAUGAAGCACACAUGGAGAGUGGCACAAGAGCUCAUGAGGAUGACUCCCCCUGCUUUUGGAAACUUCAAGUGUGCAUGGAGAGACACUACCUUUGAUGGCUAUCAUAUCCCCAAGGGAUGGAAGGUUUUCUGGGUGGCAUCUGGAACACACAUGGACAGCAACAUAUUUGAAGAUCCAAACAAGUUUGAUCCAUCACGAUUCGAGAACUCAACGAAAUCGUUUCCCCCAUACACAUACAUUGCAUUCGGAGCAGGCCCGCGAAUUUGUCCCGGGGCAGAAUUUGCAAGGAUUGAAGCGCUGCUAACGAUUCAUCAUUUGAUAACAAAGUAUUCAUGGACGAAGAUGAUCAAGGAUGAGCCUUUAAUACGUGAACCCCUGCCUUAUCCAGCCAUGGGACUUCCAGUCAAGCUUCACCAAAGGAAUGAUAUAUAA